AUGGACUACCAAUGCGUCGUCGUCUACACGGUCAUCAACAUCGCCCCGCCGCGACUCUCCGCGCAGGCGACCGAGCUCAACGGCUGCGUCGCCUGGUUCAAAAACAAAAUCAAGAGAGCGGUAGCAGCAUACCUAGAAUCACUUAAACUAACACCGGGUAAUGCAAUUGUACACGGGAAUUUAGCAUGUCUCUACUAUAAACAAGGACGUAUAGACCUUGCUAUAGACACGUACAAGCGAGCAAUAGAGCUUCAACCCAAUUUCCCUGAUGCCUACUGCAAUCUCGCUAAUGCACUUAAAGAGAAAGGCCUUGUCGCGGAGGCGGAGGAUUGUUAUAAUGCAGCUUUACGUUUGUGCCCAUCUCACGUUGAUACUUUGAAUAAUCUCGGAAAUGUCAAGAGAGAACAAGCAAUUUGGCAUCCUUAUUACAACAGCAAGGUAAACUACAUGAAGCGUUAUCACAUUACAGGCAAGCUA